UCUGUGACAUAUUCCGAGUGCGUCACUAACGUUCUUUUUUUGGUACUCAGCCGGGACACAGUAACUAUUUGACGUUCUGGCAAUACGCCCUCGGUGUAUUUCAGUGGCGCGCAAUGUCUCGGCUUUCUCUUCUCAUCUGGUUCAUCGCACUGAUUGCUAACGCAGGAGCAGUGGUUUUGCAGAACCCCCUAUCAUUGCGAGUUGCCGUGGGCACCAGUGUCAAACUGCACUGUGACAUCAGCGGAGCGAUGGGCCGAUGUGCGUUUGUGUGGUGGCUGCUGGUGCAGCCCAGAACUGGGCUCACAAUCUACCGCAACACAAAUGCAAAAGUCAUCACUGUCACUGGGAACUCAGAGACUGCAGAUAAAGCCUGCAUCCUGAUCAUACCCAGCACCAAGACCUCAGACACUGGCACCUACUACUGUGCUGUCAGCGAUUCACGCACAGUGCAUUAUGGGAAUGGGACAACGCUUGUCGUCACGGAGCGAGUAGUCAAAGAUAUCACAAUGGAGAUCCUGGUGCCUGGGACCCAGCCUCUGGACCCCUCUGCCCCUGUAACUGUGAUGUGCGUGGUGUCCGGGGUGGACCCCAGUAAGGCCAGGGUGCACUGGCAGGUGGAGGGGAAGGUGGAGCAUGCAGAGUUGCCCCCGGCCAAUGCGCUGGCCUCAGACUCUGUGAGAACCUGGCUGUCCGUGCCAGGGCCCUCCUGGGCCAGCGGGGCACCGGUCACCUGCGUGCUGGAGACCGCCAAGGGGCUGAAUCUGAACAGAACCGUCAGCAGGACAGGAAUAUGGACUCUGAACCCCUGCAUGUAUCUGCUGGCAGCUAUGGGUGGAGCCUCUUUCCUCGUCCUCGUUACCAGUGUUCUGACUGUUUGUGUCAUCUGGCAGAAACGCAGCCGACUGACAAAGUCUCACCCCAGGUCCAAAUCUGGUAUAAACUGGUCAAGACCGCCACAACAGGUUUUAGAACAAGUGCAGUACACUAGUCUGAGGUUUGGAGGCACAAGAAGGGAGGCCGUUUCUCACUUCUGAAACGGUGUGUGUGUGUGUGUGUGGUGUGUGUGUGUACGUGUGUGUGUGUGUGCCCUGCCGUACACAGGACCAGGGCUGUACAUUUGCUCGUCAUCCUGAAGGCAUCCUCUGUGUGAUGUAGGUGUCACUUUGUAAGGGGAAGCCACCUCUGCUUUGAGAUAUAAUCUCAUCUUCUAUGAUUUAUCAUCAACUUAAUGUUGCUAUAUAUGAACUGUUUUUGUUUCCACACAUUUAUGUGAAUUUAUGCGACCAUCAAAUGUAUUUAUUUACAUAAUAUUGUGCUAGCAUAAGAUGUAUAAGUAUAGCUGAAGAGUAAUAUUACCACUGAUACUGUUUCAUUUUUAAAUUCCUAACUUAAUUCAUUUUCUGGAAUGUUUUCUCGACCGGAGUAUCUAUUGCAUAUGCUAUUUCAGUACCUCUCCAAUAGAUGGCACUAUAGUUUUUCCCAUGAGAGUGGUUUAACAGUGCUCCAUACAGAACUUUUAUGUAUAUAAACCCACCCUCUAUUUACCUCUGAAACUAGCCUUGGAAAAAUAUACAGUAUGUGAUAUUUUGAAAUGUAAAUAAUUUUGAUUACCAAUAUGUACAAUAAUAAGUAUGGAGUCUUUCAUGACAUAGAGAGUUUUUUUUUUUUUUUUUUGCUUGUCUACAAUAUAUGAUACUUUUAACACUGGAUCAGUGCAGUAUCCAUUCAGAAACCAUGUAUGUAUUACCCCACUGCACAAGGCUACCACUCAGACCAUGAAAAAUAAUGGGCAAUGUUGAAUUCACAUAGAAUAGUAAUAACAGAUACACAAUCACAGGAAAUAAAAAAAAUUAUAUUCAGCAGUCAGUUUACAUGAUAAUUGAGUUGGUGAACUCUUCCCGAUUAACUCACAAGCUGCUCCUGAGGUUUCUAAUCCUAUGGUUUUAUUGACCCUCAGUCAUUGCUGUAGAGAGGAUCCCUGUAGAGAGUUGUCAUGUCACAAGCCAAGUAGGGUGGUCAGGUUUAUGUUGUCGAAUAAAUGCAAGGUACAGUUGCUUCCCAGCUACGUUAUAUGAAUUAAUCUCAGGAUUUAUUCAAACCUUUAUGAAGUGGAAGUCUUUAUGCAAUCGUCACAUGUUCAAAGCACUUCAUUCUCUUGACAUGUUUUCUGUUUCUAAUAUAAAUAUUCUCUUUUAGUAAUUAAAUAAAAUUAUGCACUUCUCUCA